UGAUCUGCUAAGGAAGAAAAGAUGAGCUGGAAUUUCUUUUUCUUUCUCCUUGCAGUUUAGAGUCACCACUGGUGCGGCUGGACCGUUUGACCGUUGUGACUCACAUGGAAGGCAAUUGAUGCCUGCAUGAUGAUUUGCUUAUUUUUUUUAGGGUUCUAUAUUUUUUUUUCCAGAAGGCAAUCCUUUUAAAGUAAAAGCAUCUACUUUCCUUUUUGCCUUUCUUCCUGCUCCUUCUCCUCCUGAACAAUCUUUAUGACUUCUUCUUUUUCUACUUCAUCCUCUUUUUUAGAAUUGGAGCGGCAAGUAUCGCUCCAAGAAUUACAAGACCAACCACAGCUGACAUUCAACGAACCGGCGCGACCUCUGCGGUACGUGAGCAUUCACAAUCGACAGUUUCGACGACCACCGGCCCAUUUUUACGUGCAAACGACAAGAGAGUAUUACAAUCAUGAUCAUCGUAUUUUGUGUUAUCCAGGAGCCGUAUUUCAGGGCACCGUUCACAUCAAGCUCAAUGAACCGCUUGCUGCACAGCAUGUCAAACUAAUAUUUAAAGCCUCGGAGAAAAUCAACUAUGACGCUCUCGGAUGGUCAAAAAAAGCCAAGAGCCAGCGGCUGUUUGCGGUACGAACGAUUUUGUGGGGAGCUUCCGAAGCCGGCCAUCGUCCGCAUAAUGCAUGGCCUGUCAUGGAAGCCGGUGAGCACGCCUUUCCCUUUAUGUGCGAAAUGCCACUCGUCAACUAUCCGCCUUCAUUCCGGCAUUACCUAGUGAACGUUGUAUUCUCUCUGAUCGCCGUCAUCGAACGUCCGGGACAACGGCCAUUUCAAACUGAGCCGUAUUUGAUACAAUAUCAACCUGUUGUGGAAACGCAUCGGUCUAAAUUACCGAUCCUGUACCGUGAUGAAGCUCGUGUUACCAAUCAAAUUUCUGCUCGAAUUGCAUUACCAGGUCUAGCUUACACCAUCACAGACGCGCCCAUUGUUAUUCCGCUAAAAUUCUCACUGUGCAAUGUGAAAUCCAAAUUGCCCAUGGCCAAAGUACGCGUAUUGCUCCAACAAAAGAUUCGAAUCACCAACGGUAAAUCGUUACGGGUCAAAGCGGCAACAGUGCAUGUGGCCGAACAUUCGUUCCGUUCGUGUAAAGCCGACACCGAAUCGAUGACGUUUCGACUACGAUUGCAACCAGAAGAGAUCACACCUAACUUGACCUAUUCUGAACGACUGAAAAUUGAAUACACUCUCAUCAUGACCGUCAAGUUACGGCAUGGGCUUUUAGUCACGAAACGAACAUUAUUCGAAGUCCCAAUUUGGUUUGGCACUCUCAUGUCAGGAGCCCAACCCCCUGUUGAUCUAGUUAACUUCACAGAUGACCAAGUAAUGCAUGAUUCCACACUGCAAACGAAGCCCAAAUUUUUACGAUCGCCCAACUUGGAUGAAGAAUACCAUCUACCUCCAUACGAUGCAAUCAAACCACCCGAAUACGCCGCGGCGACCGCUCACACAAUGAUCGCAGCGCCAAUCCCUGCUGCAUCAUCCUGAACAGUUUACCCUUACGACCUGCCCCUUCAUUGCCGUUACCUGUCCAUUCUUUCCAUACUCUUUCUCUACCCCUUUUUUCAUAUACCCAAGUCCUUUUUUUGAUGGGUCGCAUAUUUAUAUACUGUGAGAGGCACCUUAUAAAUUAAUCACUUUAACAUCUCUUUUCAGCCUCGGUCUUUACUUCAAAUUUUUUCGGAGCAUAUUCACAGGAUUCCGUUGUCAAGGGGAACUACAUUUGCUGGUAAAUCUGCAUGCCGGCAGCAUAAUUUUCCAAAGGCUGCUAAGCAACCAUCGAAUGCAACUCCAUAACUCCAAAAUAAAAUAAAGUAUCGUUAAAGUCGAC